AUGGCAAGAGAGGUAAUUUGGGGUUUUGGGUUUCUCAAGAAUUUGGUGAAUGCCAAAGAGAUUCAAAUGGGUAGCAUAAAUGGGGGAGAAGAGGGGGUGAAAAAUGGAGUGAAGGUCAAGGGAGUUACGACAGAUGUUCCAGGAGAUCAAGAUUAUGCACUGCAUGCUAUGGUGAAAUGCGGUUGUGGAUUUGCAGUUGCAACAAGGACAUCAUGGACUCAUGAUAACCCAGGCAGAAAGUUUAGAGCUUGCAAAUUUUACAACCAUGAAACAGGUCAAAGGGGGUGUAAAACGUUUGACUGGGUUGAUGAGGGCCAAACUGAUUGGCAAAGAGAAGUCAUAAAUGUGCUUGUUGCAGAGAAGCAUAGGUUAGCCACUGAUAACAACAUCAUCAAGGGAAGGCUGGUUUGUGUGGAGCAUGAAAAGAAUAGGCUAAAUCAUGACCUUAAGAAGCUGAGGAAGAAGCCAUUAAUGAGGAAGAAAGAAUCUUUUGCUAGGAAUGAAAUUCUAGGUUGUAAAAUGGUUUGUAUUUGUGUUUUACUUUCUGUAAUUGUGAGUUUCAUGUUUGUGAAAGUGUUUGCUUAA